UCAUAUAUAUAUAUAGAUCCAUGCAACUAUACGGAAGUUUAGCUAUACGAUAAAGCUGACGCUUUAAUCAUCCAGUUUCGAGCAUGAGGAUAGCCGGAAAAGGAACUCAGAUAAAACCGCAACAUCGUCGGGUUUCCCAAAUAAGUUAUAUAUACUAGUCCGUAGUUUUAAACGUGUUAAACGCUCCUCUACCGCGACCUUCUCUGGACCUAAAAUAAUAAAUUAUUUUAAAUUAUUUACGCCGUUGAGAAAGAAUAGGUGCAUUCAUGUGGUUUCAGUUCGGACGAUCGGAGGGUUUUCCCUCGCAAUACCCCGAGUAUCAUACUCCGGCGACGGUGGACGUGACCGAGACCAUAUUGAUCAUGGUUUUCGUGAUCAUCGCGAUUUCCUACAUUAGCAUCAUACCGGGCUAUCGGAAGAGGCAAAGCAUCUACAUGACUAUAAAGAUCGGCUUCAGCAUUACCAUUGGGUGCUUGUUAAUAGUAGAAAAUUUCGGUCAAGAAUGGGAAUACGGCAGCACGAGAAGCAAAACGCCCUAUCGGGCCGGCAUAGGUCACGAAAUCGAUGCUCAUAUGGCAGUCAAAAUUGGGCUCAGAUCGGUCAACGUCACACUGAAAGCCAAACCGGAAGAAGGCACGCCGCUCGCAAAAGAAACGAUCAAUUACAACGAAAGGUUUCCCUGGACGUGGGAUCAAGGCAUAAUCGGUUUUGGGCCCUACGCUGGACUGCUGCAGAGGACCUUCCGUGAAGGCCAACGAAAGGGUUUGCCCAUUCCAAUUUUAUGGAUCGUCGAGUAUUUCGUUAUCGAUGGGGAGGGCAUUCGAUUUGGGAGAUUUUAUCGAACCGCCGGGUGGUAUUGUCACAUCUUGUUGUGGACUGCCUUCGCCUGCUGGAUACUGGCUAACAUAUUCCUGCAGUCAGUGAGCCGGUACGCUGCUUAUCUAAUCGGUUUGAUCGGCGGCUUACAAUUGUUAACUUGUCUCGUGUGGGUCUGCGUGCACAAUCCAACUCCGCUUGUGAUUCCCUUCGAGGAUGGCGUCAUUAGGAUGACAUUGGGCCUGCAUUUCUGGAUGACUUGCGGAUGUGGUCUGUUUUGCGUUCUUCUGGCGAUUAUAAUGAUAUUCAUGGACUUGCGUCAUCCUAAUACAUUAUCUACGCUUUUGCAAAUAGACCCUCUCGGCCAGUACGACGAAUGUAUAAUGCGAAGCUGUCAAGUGGACGAUAUGCUGCGUAGUAAGGUACACAUGAAUGACUCGAUGGAAAUGACUUCGCUUUCUUCACAAAACAAAAACACGGGAAUGGUAGUGCUAAAGAGACGAUCGACCAUAAAAAACGUGCAAAAGAAAUCGCUUUUCCGCGCGCCAAUUCCCAUGAAGAUGGAAAUCUACGACGACGUGGUGGUUUACGAAAACCAGGAUAUCGCAGGGUCGUCUAAGAACGCGGCUAAAAUGGAAGUGCGCAACGAGAAAGCGGAAGAUGAAGAGAAAAAUGUCAAGCCACCGCCGAUUCCAAGAAAGAAGAAAAAGAAGGUCAAUUCCUAAACACGCCAGUCUACGGUAAAUUUCGAUCAACGCGCAUGGAUCGCCACUCCGAAAGAAUCUUGAUGUAAAUGCCAUGUAUCCGUGUAUUUUUUACUAUACCAAUACAUAGCGAUAAAGACA